AUGGACACACUUCCUCCGCCUCCCGCUGGGAUUAAUCUCAGCGAGAGCAGGAAAGCUUCCAUCAUGGUAACCGCGAUAGUCACUUGGUUUCUGGCAGCCAUCGUUGUUGGGUUACGCAUCAUAAGCCAUCGCAUUAAGAAAAUAAGUCUAUGGUUAGACGACUGGCUCAUUAUUGCGGCCUUGCUUCCCUCCUGCGCGCAUGUCAUUGGGCUGGGCAUAUAUUCUGUGAGCCGUGGCUUAGGGAAACAUAUUUGGGCCGACCCACCGGAUGCAAAAUAUGCCUGGGCAAUCGGACUGUUCGUCGCUGAAUUGGGAUAUUUUGUGACCAUUACAUGCGUUAAAUGGUCCAUUCUUGCCUUUUAUUGGCGCUCCUUCAAGGUCAGAAGCUCCGUCAAGAUUCCUAUAUAUAUCUUGGCCGUAAUAGUACUGUUGUGGGCUAUUGCUGUUAUCCUUGUCACCAUCUUCCAAUGUCAGCCUACCAGUGCUUGGUGGAACCGUUUUAACCCGACGCAUCCCUUACGGCCAGAUCAAUACAGAUGCACCGUAGAUUCGGUCAAAUUCUUCUACGGAAACGCAAUCCCAACCAUUGUCACCGACGUUUUGAUGCUCGCAUUGCCUCUUCCAUAUAUCACAAAAUUGCAACUUCCCAGAGGUCAAAAAUUCGCUCUUGUUGGAAUUUUUCUUGUGGGAAUCUUUGUCACGGUUGUCUCCAUCGUGCGUCUUCAUUACCUAGUCCGAGGUAAUUUGGCCGAUCCAGAUAUCACUUGGAGUUUCGUCGACAUUGCUCUGUGGUCCGUUGUCGAAGGAAACGUGGCAAUUUUCUGCGCUUGUCUUCCUUUCUUGCGGCCUGUUCUGAGCAAGAUCAGCUUCGGGUUUUUCAGUCUCUCGUCGCUCUCUUCCAAGAAACAGCAGCAGUCAAGUGGCUCACUGAAAAUGAGCCACCAUAACAGAGAUGGCCCCCGGCCUUGGCAAGGAGAUAGCCGAUUUGCCACAACUUCUCAUUCCCGAGCAUACAGCACCGCCAACGAGACAGACGAGCACCCGUUUGCGCGUCUUACGGACGACGGCUCGGAGCGUAGUGUGCCCAUCAAGGAGAGGCCAGACGGCUCACAUAUUGAACUUGGCAACAUCUCUGGAGUGGGAGAGCCUGUUCAACCUAACGGCAUAGUCAUUACACGCGAGUUCCAUCUACAACACCAAGACGUAUAG